CCGCCACGGUGAAGAACCCACCAUUUACCUCAGCCUCCCCGCACCGGGCGGCGCUUUUACGCCCCUUUUGCGACAGCCGGAAAGGAGGUGGGCGGGGCCCGGAGGGGAGGGGCGGGGCGAGGACGGCGCGGGAGCCGCUGAGAUUUAGGAAAAAAAUGAAGCAAAUGUGGAACUUCAGCAGAAAGAUGACUCUCGAUUCCCCUUGAGGCAACACUCCUUUCAAUGCCCUUGUUCUCAGUUGGUUGUUAAUAGAAGUUGGAGGCACUACAGCAGCCACUAUCAGUUCAACUGUCACUACUGGGACGCGUUCUCCAUCAGCCCCACUAAUUCUACCAUGGUGUUAUGACAUAAAGGUAAGAAGAAAAUAGAGUCAGUUAUUCACAAUGACUCACUUGACCUUAUUCUGGCAGCAACAAAUGCUGAGACACAUAGUAAAGUGACAGCACUAGUUUCUUUUCUCACGCUGUUCUAAGAUUUUCAGAAUUAACAUUUCCAGAUGUUAUUUAUGAUUGUUUCUGUGCUGUGAAGUCAAAUGUUCACUCUGUGUUUGCAGGCUAGGACUGAGAGCAAAAUCAACUUACUGUACUUGCCUCAAGAACAGCAAAACCUUUGAGAAAUCUUAGUAAACCUUUGGAUUUGAUUCCUUACAGUGCUCAGAGUUAGACACCAGUGUUGAAAUGUGGUGGUUUCAGCAAGGCCUCUCGUUCUUGCCCAUGGCUUUGGUUGUGUGGUCAGCUGCAUCUUUUGUGUUCUCAUACAUUACUGCAAUCAUCCUACACCACGUGGACCCUGUGGUGCCCUACAUCAGUGACACGGGGACAACACCACCUGAGAGAUGCUUAUUUGGGAUAAUGCUAAAUAUUUCAGCUUUCUUGGGUAUGGCUACCAUGUAUGUCCGCUACAAACAAGUUCAUGCUUUGAAUCCAGAGAGAUCCAGGAUCCUGAAGCUUAACAAGAUCGGCCUCAUCCUAGGCCUGAUGAGCUGCUUUGGACUUUGCAUCAUUGCAAAUUUCCAGAAAUGUGUUCUGUACUACAUCCAUGUGGUUGGAGCCUGCCUGACAUUUGGAGUAGGGGCCAUUUACAUGCUGGUUCAAACUAUCCUGUCCUACCUGAUGCAGCCAGAGCUUCACAGCAAGGACAUCUUCUGGAUCCGUCUGACCGUGUCACUCUGGUGCUGGUCAAGCAUCGUGAGCAUGUUUGUGUCCUCAGUUGUCUUAUACAGUGGCCUGUAUGGAACAAAUCUCGUGCAGAAGUUGCACUGGGACCCACAGGAAAAAGGCUACACAGCUCACAUCAUCAGCACUGUCUCAGAGUGGUCACUGGCAUUCUCCUUCCUCAGCUUUUUCCUCACCUACAUCCGAGACUUUCAGAAAAUCUCCCUGAGCGCGGCCGUGAGCCUGCAUGGACAAACACUGCACAACCCCCCGCUGAGCUUUGUGACCGAGGAGCAGGCACUGCUGGUAGCAGGGAGCAUCUAAUGAAGGUGAAGAGACCGUGUUCUCUGCAGAACUCAGGAAUUCCGUAGCAAUAACACUGGCUGUUUCUAAGCACUUAUUUUACAUAAAACCACAUGAAGGGAUUGUGUUGCACUUAAGGGGCUUUGCCAGGAACCCCGCAGCAAUGCAUGUUAGCAGUACUGUGACCGAGCCUGUAACAUUUCUGCACAUGCCAAUGUCAUGGAAGAAUUAAAUGAAGGUUAUUAAAGA